CCGGGCAACUUUUCCCGGCUCGCGCCCGGCAGCGGGAGAGAAGCCCUCGGGACGGCUUCUGGAGAGUCUCGGUGUCCUUGGAUCCCCGCGCAAACCCACAGCAGCUCCAGCGCCAGGGCGACGGGCUCAGGAUGCGGCCAGGACGGACAGGCGGCACGCCGCUGCAGCUGGUGUUAGUGCUCAGUCAAGGCAUUUUAAACUGUUGUGUGGCAUACAACGUUGGUCUCCCAAAAGCGAAGAUAUUUUCUGGCCCUUCAAGUGAACAGUUUGGCUAUGCAGUGCAGCAGUUUAUAAAUCCAGAAGGCAAUUGGUUACUGGUUGGUUCACCAUGGAGUGGCUUUCCUAAGGACCGAAUGGGAGAUGUAUAUAAAUGUCCUGUUGAUCUCUCCACCACUACAUGUGAAAAAUUGAAUUUGCAAACUUCCACGAGCAUUUCCAAUGUUACUGAGAUGAAAACCAACAUGAGCCUUGGCUUGACACUGACAAGGAACGUGGGAACAGGAGGAUUUCUUACCUGUGGUCCCCUGUGGGCACAGCAGUGCGGAAGUCAGUAUUACACAACUGGGGUGUGCUCUGAUGUCAGUCCCGAUUUUCAGUUGCGGACCAGCUUUGCGCCUGCAGUUCAGACCUGCCCUUCCUUCAUAGAUGUUGUGGUUGUAUGUGAUGAAUCAAACAGUAUUUAUCCCUGGGAUGCAGUAAAGAACUUUUUGGAAAAAUUUGUACAAGGCCUAGAUAUAGGCCCCACAAAGACACAGAUGGGGUUAAUUCAAUAUGCCAAUAAUCCAAGAGUUGUGUUUAACCUGAAUACUUUUAAAUCCAAAGAUGAAAUGAUUAAAGCAACAUCGCAGACAUUCCAAUAUGGUGGAGACCUUACAAAUACCUUCAAAGCAAUUCAGUAUGCACGAGAUACCGCUUAUUCAACGGCUGCUGGUGGACGACCAGGUGCUACCAAAGUUAUGGUGGUUGUAACUGAUGGUGAAUCCCAUGAUGGUUCAAAGUUGAAAGCUGUGAUUGAUCAGUGUAACAAAGACAAUAUACUGAGGUUUGGCAUAGCAGUUCUUGGGUACUUAAACAGAAACGCUCUGGAUACUAAAAAUUUAAUAAAAGAAAUUAAAGCAAUUGCCAGUAUUCCAACAGAAAGACACUUUUUCAAUGUCUCUGAUGAAGCUGAUCUACUAGAAAAGGCUGGGACAAUUGGAGAACAAAUUUUCAGCAUUGAAGGUACAGUUCAAGGAGGAGACAACUUCCAAAUGGAAAUGUCACAAGUGGGAUUCAGCGCGGAAUACUCCCCUCAAAAUAAUAUUCUGAUGCUGGGUGCAGUAGGAGCUUAUGACUGGAGUGGGACUGUGGUCCAGAAGACACUUCAUGGACAUCUGAUCUUUUCUAAACAAGCGUUUGAACAAAUUCUGCAAGACAGAAAUCACAGUUCAUAUUUAGGUUACUCUGUGGCUUCAAUUUCUACUGGGAACAGUGUCCACUUUGUUGCUGGUGCUCCUCGAGCAAAUUAUACUGGCCAGAUAGUGCUAUACAGUGUUAAUGGGAAUGGCAAUGUCACAGUUAUUCAAUCUCACAGAGGUGACCAGAUUGGCUCCUAUUUCGGUAGUGUGCUGUGUGCAGUCGAUGUGAAUAAGGACACCAUUACAGAUGUGCUCUUGGUAGGUGCGCCAAUGUACAUGAAUGACCUAAAGAAAGAGGAAGGAAGAGUCUACCUGUUUACUAUCACAAAGGGCAUUUUGAAUUGGCACCAAUUUCUGGAAGGCCCCAAGGGUCUUGAAAAUGCUCGAUUUGGUUCAGCAAUUGCAGCUCUUUCAGACAUCAACAUGGAUGGCUUUAAUGACGUGAUUGUUGGUUCACCUUUGGAAAAUCAGAACUCUGGAGCUGUGUACAUCUACAACGGUCAUGAGGGCAUGAUUCGCUUGAGGUAUUCUCAGAAAAUCUUGGGGUCCGACAGAGCCUUUAGUAGUCACCUCCAGUACUUUGGGAGAUCCCUGGAUGGCUAUGGAGAUUUAAAUGGGGACUCCAUCACCGAUGUGUCCGUGGGGGCCUUUGGACAGGUCGUUCAGCUCUGGUCACAGAGCAUUGCUGAUGUAUCUGUAGAUGCUUCAUUCACACCAAAAAAAAUCACUUUGCUCAACAAAAAUGCUGAGAUAAAACUUAAACUCUGCUUCAGUGCUAAGUUUAGACCUACUAAUCAAAACAAUCAAGUGGCCAUUGUGUAUAACAUCACAAUUGAUGAAGACCAGUUUUCAUCCAGAGUGAUGUCCAGGGGGUUAUUUAAGGAAAAUAAUGAAAGGUGUUUGCAGAAGACCAUGAUAGUAAGUCAAGUGCAGCGCUGUUCUGAGUACAUCAUCCACAUACAGGAGCCCUCUGAUACUAUCAGCCCUCUGAAUCUGUGUAUGAACAUCAGUCUGGAAAACCCUGGCACUAACCCUGCCCUUGAAGCCUACUCUGAGACGGUCAAGGUCUUCAGUAUCCCUUUCCAUAAAGACUGUGGUGAUGAUGGAGUUUGCAUUUCUGAUCUAGUUCUAAAUGUUCAGCAGCUGCCAGCUACUCAACAACAGCCUUUCAUUGUCAGCAACCAGAACAAAAGGUUAACAUUUUCAGUAAAACUGGAAAACAAGAAGGAAAGUGCCUACAACACUGAGAUUGUUGUUGAUUUUUCAGAAAACCUGUUUUUUGCUUCCUGGUCCAUGCCGGUUGAUGGGACAGAAGUGACCUGCCAGAUUGCUUCAUCUCAGAAGUCUGUUACCUGCAAUGUGGGCUACCCUGCUUUAAAGAGCAAACAACAGGUGACUUUCACUAUUAACUUCGACUUCAAUCUUCAAAACCUUCAGAAUCAGGCAUCUAUCAGUUUCCGAGCCUUAAGCGAAAGCCAGGAAGAAAACAUGGCAGAUAAUUCAGUCAACUUAAAACUCUCUCUGCUGUAUGAUGCUGAAAUUCACAUAACAAGAUCUACCAACAUAAAUUUUUAUGAAGUCUCCUUGGAUGGGAAUGUUUCUUCUAUUGUGCACAGUUUUGAAGAUAUUGGUCCAAAGUUCAUCUUCUCCAUUAAGGUGACGACGGGAAGUGUUCCAGUAAGCAUGGCGUCUGUAAUCAUCCGCAUCCCUCAAUACACCAAAGGCGAGAACCCGCUGAUGUACGUGACCGGGGUGCACACAGACCGGGCUGGUGACAUCAGUUGCAAAGCCGAAAUAAAUCCACUGAAAAUAGGACAGAUGUCUUCUUCUGCAUCUUUCAAGAGUGAAAAUUUCCGGCAUAUAAGAGAAUUGAACUGUAGAACUGCUUCAUGUAGUAACAUCACAUGCUGGCUGAGAGACCUUCAGGUGAAAGGAGAAUACUUCCUUAAUGUGUCCACCAGGAUUUGGAAUGGGACGUUUGCAGCAUCAACUUUCCAGACAGUACAGUUGACAGCAGCUGCAGAAAUUGACACGUACAACCCUCAGAUAUACGUGAUCGAAGAAAACACGGUCACGAUUCCCCUUACGAUAAUGAAACCCCAUGAGAAAGUUGAAGUACCAAUUGGAGUGAUAGUAGGAAGUGUAAUCGCUGGAAUCCUUUUGCUAUUGGCUCUGGUUGCAAUUUUAUGGAAGCUUGGAUUCUUCAAAAGAAAAUAUGAAAAAAUGACCAAAAAUCCAGAUGAAACUGAUGAGACAACAGAACUCAACAGCUGAAUCACCCAGCAGCUCCCACCGUAGUGGGAAGGGGCAGCAGUACAGCCAGGGGUUACUAGUCACAUGAAUGGAUUUUUUUUUUUUUUUAAAUCCCAGGGUAACUUAAAUAAUGUAAUAAUGAGAACUGCAGGUCAGUUUGGAAAGAAAUUGUGAGGGGAUCG